CUGCCAGAGUCCACCCGCAAAGAGGCUCGUACUUCAAUCCUCACACACCCAAGUAGACAGCUCAUAGUAGCAGCCAGUCAACACACCCACGCUCUUGCAGAAGGAGGAUCGGUAGAGCCAUGCCUCGCUUCGAAGAGCACCUGCCCACAAGGCCAGUGGACCGCGAUAAGGCCGAAAGAGCCCUCAGCGAGAACAUCAAGAAGGCCACUAAUGCAGAGGAGAUUGCUCCGAAGCAGAAGCACGUCAGGAAUUGUAUCAUCUACACAUGGGACUACCACUCUUCCCAGUCCAUCUGGACUGGCCUCAGGGUGCAGCCCAUUCUCAAUGAUGAAGUUCAGACCUUCAAAGCGCUCAUCCUUGUGCACAAGAUCUUGCAAGAAGGUCACCCCAUCGUCCUUCGCGAAGCUCAAGCUCAAAUGGGAUGGUUCGAGACCUGUGCAAGGACAGUAGGCGCAGACAGCAUGAGAGGGUACGCCCCGCUCAUCCGUGCAGCAGUGCAAUACAUCCUGCAGAAGCUCAGGUUCCACAGGCAUCACAAGGAGUUCAACGGAAUGUUCGAGUACGAAGAGUACAUCUCGCUCAAGAACAUUGACAACCCUGAUGAAGGUUAUGAGACAAUCAUGGACCUCAUGAAUCUGCAGGACGGCAUUGAGCAGAAACAGAAGCUCGUCUUUGCUCACUUCAGAGGAGCUGCCAACAAUGAGUGCCGAAUCUCUUCCUUGGUACCUCUGGUCAAGGAGUCAUACGGUAUCUACAAAUUCUUGACUUCAAUGCUGCGAGCCAUGCAUCGGAGGACUGAUGCCUUGGACGCCUUGGAGCCCUUGCGAGGAAGAUACAAUACCCAACACUUUGCCCUCCGACGCUUCUACUACGAGUGCUCCAAUCUCAAGUUCCUCACAACUCUCAUCAAUGUUCCCAAGCUCAAUCACGAUCCUCCCAAUCUCUUCGACUCACCUGACGAUGGGCCUGCACUUCCUGCCCGCAAGGCACCGGCACCCUCAACUCCAAAGCCUCCCACCCCUCCCUCUGGCCCAUCCCAGGCAGAGAUUGAUGAGCAAGCCAGAAUGUUGAAGGAGUACGAGGACAAGCAAAAAGCCCUGAAGGCCAAGGAAGAAGCGGAAAGGCGUCGUCAGGCUGAGCUGCAGGCCCAGCAACAGAGAGACUUUGAAGAUCAGCAAAGGCUACAGGCUGAGCAGCAACGACUGGCUCAAGAGCAGCUGAUGCGAUCUCAGAUGGACCAGAUGGCCAGUGGCCGGGUUGCAGAGCUGGAAAGGGAGAUGUUGGCCAUGAGAGGCCAGUACGAGAGAGAUCAGUUGAUGCUGGAGCAAUAUGACAGGCGAGUGAAGGCGCUGGAGAUGGAGCUGUCAAGCAUCGGGCAGAAUGUCAAUGCGCAGCUGGCCUCGAAGGACGAGAUGCUCCAUCAGCUCCAGGACCAAGUGACGCUGUGGAGAAACAAGUACGAGGCUCUGGCCAAGCUGUAUUCGCAGCUGAGGACCGAGCAUCUUGACCUUCUGGCCAAGUACAAGCAGAUGCAGAUCAAGGCCGGCAGCGCGCAAGAGGCCAUCGACAAGAUGGAGAGGAUGGAAAGGGAUGUCAAAGCCAAGAAUUUGGAGCUGGCUGAUAUGAUCCGCGAGAGAGACCGUGCAAGGUUCGACCUUGACCGGAUCAAGGCUAGUCAGAAGGAAGAAUUUGAGAGGCUGAAGCGGGAUCUGAUGUUCGCCAACGAGCGAGCCGAGGAUGCUACCAGGUCAAAGAGCUCCGAGGUCUCCUCCAUGAUGUCGACGCUCAACCGACAGAUUGCUGAGCUGGAAGAUGAAUUGCGAAGCAAGAGAGGCAACACGGAUGACUUGCUCAGUCAGCUGCAAGCCAAGGACGAUGAAAUUGCCAGACUCAGGGAGGAGAAAGAUGCAGAAAUCAUGAUCAUGCAGGAGGGCAUGGACCACACCAUCAAGCAGAUGAACGCCCUUCAGUUGAACCAGGGAGAGAACGACCAGGCAGUCAAUGCGCAGAUCGACACGCUUAUCCUGGACAACACCAAGAAUCUCAAUGCCAUCAUCGACUCGAUUCUGCAGGCAUGUGUUGAAAAGGUUGAUGAUGCCAUCUAUGAGCUGGAGUCACCAUCUUCCUCCGGAAACAACACGGCUACACCGGAGUAUGUUCUGUCCAUGAUUGAAAAGGGCAACAACCACGCAGUCGAGUUUGCGACCACUUUUAGCCUCUAUCUAGGUCACGAGACUGGCGGCGAGCACGUCGAGGUCAUCAAGAAGGCUAAUCAGUUCGCACAGGUCAUCAGCGACGUGUUGCUGUCCACAAAGGGUAUCACCCGACUAGCCCAGACCGAUGACGCGGUAGAGAGGAUUGUCAACACAGGCAAGACUUCAGGAGACGCUUUGCUCCGCUUCUUCUCUGGGCUGUUCUCUUACCGACUGGCAUCCGUCGCUGCCAACCAGCGGAGAGAGGUCGUCGCCCGCCAAUCGAUGUCAGCUAGGCAAGCCUUCAAGUCGCUUUCGGACGUCGUCGAAGGCAUGGUUAAGGCGGGCAAUACGAUGCUUGCGAAUGCCAAUGGAGACAUUGGAGACAUCGUCGAGAGGGAGAUGAUGAAUGCUGCCAGCGCCAUCGAGCAGGCGACACAACGAUUGCAAGCCCUGCUGUCCCGUCCGCGAGACACGGGCAAGUAUUCUGCUGUUGACCUACAGGUGCACGAUGCCAUCCUGGAGGCUGCUCUAGCUAUCACAAGAGCUAUCGGAGGUCUGAUCAAGGCCUCUACAGACUCGCAGCAGGAGAUUGUCUCCAAGGGCAAGGGAACCAGCACCAAUCAGCAGUUCUACAAGAAGAACAAUCGCUGGACAGAGGGACUCAUCUCUGCCGCUAGGGCCGUCGCCUUUGCGACUACGAUGCUGAUUGAGGCUGCUGAUGGUGUCAUUACUGGUACACAUUCGCUCGAGCAGCUGAUUGUGGCCUCGAAUGAGGUCUCUGCCUCUACUGCUCAGCUGGUCGCGGCCUCUAGGGUCAAGGCAGAGUUCAUGUCUGCCACGCAGGAGCGGCUGGAGCGGGCAGCGAAGGCGGUGACGGAUGCCUGCAAGGCUCUGGUGAGACAGGUCAAGACGAUCAUUGGACAAAAGGACGGAGCAGACACCACGGACUAUGGACAGCUGGCGCAGCACGAGUUCAAGGUGCGAGAGAUGGAGCAACAGGUCAAGGUGCUGGAGGCCGAGGCGGCAUUGAACAGGGCUCGAGGAACGCUGGCGCAGAUGAGGAGAGCAGGGUACCACGCUACGGACGAGUGAGAGGUCUAGCAGGAAGACCGGGAGCCGAGGGAAGCUGUAGGCUAUGGUUUCCUGUGUCUUGCUUAUGUCAGCAAUUACCCAUAUACGAUUGACCAAUGUCCUUUGUCCACUGCGAACGCAGUAGCUGCUUCGGCCUUGAGGUGGCUUUGAAUGUAUCAGAACAAAUGUCAUAG